CGCCCACCCCCCAACACCACCCGGCCCACAUCGGCGUAACCAUCGCCCCUCCUCCCCCCUUCUCUCACCCCUCCCCGCCGCUGCCAGACCGGACCAUGCUUGGCUGGCCCGGCCCGGGCAGUCCAGCGGCAAAGGCCGACUCGACACACCCGGCCACGCCGACUGGCGUUUGCGUCGAGUGCAUUGCACGCGCUGGCCCUGGCGCGCCGUGCAGCUGCCCGGUCCCGAAGCCCGGCUCUCCGGCCGUCGGGGCCGGGGGCCCUGGCCACGCCCUGGCCGGCCCCUCGGCCCACCAGCUCCUGAUGGACCCCAAUAGCAACCUCAACCAUCGGUGCUUCUCACGGCUCUAUAUCUGGGCGGUCCUUUGCGAGCAGCAUGGUCUCACGCGCAUGGCCAAGGUGAGCUAUGCCCGCGCGCAGCGACGCCUCCUUAGUUUCAUUCAGGACAUUCAAGCAGCCCCGACACCUUCACCAGCAGGCCCAUCACCGGAUGGCACCUCCCGCGACCUGGCCCCAGAUGAAGCCUCCAGCGAGGAUGACCACGCCUCGCGCCUCGAGAGCUUCCACCAGUUGCUGGCCAAGCUUUCCACCAUCAUCGAUAAUCUGGAGGCCGCCCCGACCGACGUCAGCGAGAAGGCCUUCAAGCGGUCCUGGGUGGACUUCCUCGACUCGGAUGCCACCUCCUUCACCAAUCUGUCAGAUGUCUUUCCCGUGCAACAGGCCUUCGAUUUCAUCCCCGGUGUCUGCAUUCGCGACGUGGUCGCUCCUGCCCGGGUGGACCUCUUCGACUUUGCCCAAAUGCCAGACGAGGAUCUCGACUCGGCCGGCAGUGAGUGCUCCGGACCCGGGGACAUCUCGGCCGAGCAUGCCUCCCCUCGACCGACGGCCGAGGCCCCCAUGGCCGACCGGGGCUCCGGGGACUUCGGCUCGCCCGGCAUCGCGGGCCGGCUGUCAGUCACCGAUGUCUCCCCAGCCCCACGGUCCAGCGUCAGUGGCGAUGGGGGCGCUCUGGCCGGGCUCCCGCGCUCCUCCUCCACCUCGCUCCCCCGGUCGUCGACCAUCGGGUCACCCUCGCUGCGGGACUCGGUAGCCUCGAUGUUCGGCAUCACGCCGGACCCGGUCCCGGUGGACCCGGCCCCGGCCCCGGCCCCCGCUCCGAAUCCAGCUCCGCUUCCCCGAACGAGCGCCGGGCUAUUGCCGGUCUCCUUUAGCCGGGGAUUGGCCGCGUCCGGGACCUCGUGUCGGUGCUCGCGGUUGCGCUUCUGCGCCCCGGGCGCCGGGUGCCGGCAGCAUGCGUGCCGGGUUCCCCCCGCUGGCGGAGUGCCGGUGGUCUCGCUCGCUCCGGUGGACAACUUCCUGCGCGAGUUGUUCUACUCCUUCCACUACCACCAGCUGCAGUCAUCGGAUGCGAUGGCGGCGGCGGCGGCAGCGGCGGCAGCCAGCGCCGACAGCCCCGGUCGUGGGCCCGACGCGGGCUCCCCCUCGAUGCCGGCGUCGGCUGCCGGUCCGCCGUUGUCGCACCUGCUCGAGGGCGGGCGCAUGACCUACCGCCUGGGGCGCUACUUCAAUGCCUACACCGCCCCGCUGCUGGACGCCGAAGGGACCAUCCUGCCGGCCGACGUGCUGGAGCCCUACCUGUCGCCGGUUGUUCGUGGGCCUCCUCAUGGCUCGGGGCCCGCCGCCGGGGCGGGCCCCGGGCAGGGUGCCCCCCGGUCGACCGACCGCCGGCGCGGGUCCCUCCUCGCCAUCGAUGCCCCGGGCAAUCCACCCGCCGGGGCCCCGGGUCCCACGUUGGCCAACACCACAGGGCUGGCCUCCGGCGACGCGCACCAGCCCUCCACCACCCCGAAGGGCGCUCCCCGGUCGGAGGAUGCAACCGCCGGAUCCGGGCCAGCAUCUUCCGGCACCGGGCCCUCAGGGUCCAAUGCCCCGCCCGAGGGCAACCACACCAGUCACAUGUAUCUGCCGAACUUGAUUGCCGGGCUGCUCCGGCGCUCCGGCGUCCUGGCGGUGGACUUCGAAACCGGCUUCCCGAGGCUCUCCCAGAUCACCAGCGCCACGCAGGCCAACCUGUCGCCGGCCGGCAGUCGUGUGCUGGAGACGCGCCUCAACACGCCGUUGCGCUAUGGCCGGUCCCUGGCGGCCGACGGCCUGGCCGAGGCGCCGGCCCUGUGCUCGGCGCAUGCGUCCCUGGCGCCGGCCCUGCGGGACGCUCCCUUCGCGCAAGCCUGCCAGCCGGACGGCCUGCUGGCCCUCGCCGGGCCGUGCGCCGGGCCGACCACCGGCAGUGGGGUUUGCAUCGCGCGUCUGGCGGCCAAUGCCCUCCCGAGUGAUGGGAGCACCAGCCCCGACGCCGACAUCCCCCCUGGGGGCCACCACUUCCCCCUGGUGCGCAUGCCGGUCGAGCUGGCCGAGGCCCUGUCGUGUCUGUUGUCAUCAUUCCCGCGCGAGGACACAGUCUCGAGUGCUGCGACGGGAUCGGAAACCGGGGCAGCCGCCGCCAGCACCAGCACCAGCACCAGCGCCAGCGCCAGCGCCAGCGCCAGCGCCAGCGCCAGCGCCACGGUGGCCGCCGACUGGCGCGAGCCGCUCAGCCAGCUGAUUGCCCAGCUUGGCCGAAUCGUCGUGCAGAAGGUCCCGCAGCCAAGCCAGGCCGAGCGGCAUUCGCGCCCGGCCACCUUAUCGCCAUUGCUGCAUCCCGGCCUGCCGGAUGCCGGGCAUCAAUUUGCCGACGCCCUGGCGCCGGGUGGCGGCGGGGGGGCCGCGUACUAUCGACGCCCGGCGGGCCGGCCCUCGGGGAGCGCCUUGCCGGCGCUCAGCACGAUUCCCGGCUGCGCGGGCGAGGUGGCCCCCACGGCCACGACCAUUCCCCCGUCGGCCGCGGCGGUCGCAGCCACCGAACGGUCGGUUCUCUCGCUGUCGGCGGCCUCGCGCUCGCGGUCUUCCUCCUUCGGGGCGUCCUCCUCGCCGACCUCGUUGGCGCGGCUGCACCUGCGGUCGUCGGCGGCCGUGUCCUCGGCUGGGGGCUCGUCCGGGCCGCUGGCCUCGCCGCUGAAUCCCCCCUCGCCCUUGAGCCAGCUGGCCUUGCCGGCGCUCCUGCACCCGGCCACCGGCGGCGGCGGCGGCGGCGGCGCCGUCAUCCCUGGCAUCGGGGCCGCCGACAUGGACAUCAUCGUCACCGGCCUGCGGGAGGAGGAUGAGGACGCCGAUGCCGAUGACGACACCACCGACGAGGUCCUCCGGGACUCCUGUCUGCCGGGGCCGCUCAACCCGCCGGACGGCCUGGCCGAGGCGCUGCUGCUGCUGCCGCCGGCCGACAGCAUUGCCCCGGCCUGCCAGUGUUUCACCGGGCGCCUGGCAGCCAGCACCACGGCGCGGACGCUGGCCGCCAACUGCGUGUGUCCGGUCUCCUGCGGGAAUUGCUUCCCCGAUGGGGCCUUCCUGGGCCAGCGUCUUGGGGACCUGCGCCGGGAUGCCCUGGCCGCGCACAUUGAGAUGACCACCCUGUCGGUGUGGUCUCUUUCCUCGCCGGGGCACUCCAUGAGUGCCUCGGUGUUCGGCUUGCUGGCUUCCAACGAGACGGACGAGUUCGAGUCCUGGCGGGUGUCCCUCUACUCGCACAUUGUCUCGCACCUGACCAACCUGUCGCCGGAUCGCCGGGUGCGCCCGGUCAGUGUCCAUGAUCUCCGGUCCUCGGCCACCAACCCCGCUGGCUCGCCCUCGCCGGGGCCGGCGUCGGCCUCCCCAUCCCCGGGGCCUGGCCCGAUGCCGCUGUCGGCGGGCGCCGGGCGGCCGCGCACCCUGAGCGGCCUCGGCCCUCGGCCGUCGGCCCCCGGCCUUGGGCUCCCCCGCCGCGAUGCCACGGCCGCCUCGUAUACGGACAUUUCGUCGGUCGCUGGUUCCAGCGCUACCAGCACCGCCAGCACCGCCAGCAUCGCCGGCACCCCGCCGCCGGCGACCCCCAGCGGCGAUGUCUACCUCGGGCACCUGCGCCACGUGUCGCAGGGGCUCUUUGGCCGGCAUGUGGAGCUGGACUUCAGCCAGUUGGAGAGCGGCACCGCCAACCGCCAUGCGCGCUCCUUCGCCGUGUCGUCGCCCGAUGUGUCGCUCUCCUCGUCCAUGUCCUCGAUCGACACCAUUUCCUCCAUCUCUCCGCUGAUGCCCGGUGAGGCUGAGGACAGCCAGCCAUUGAGCGUGCUGGCUGUCGUGUCGUCCGCCUUCCCGGCUCGGGCGUCGGAGCUCCUGUCGGCCAGCCAGCGGGCCACCCUGCGUGCGGCCACCAUUGUCGAUCUUUGGAUGGCCUCUCUGCAGCUGUAUGCCCGACCGGGCGAGGUCGCCGCGACCGCCGGCCUCUCGAGCCUCGAGUCGCUGAAUAUGCUGAAUCACUCGCUCUUCGCCAUGUCCCUGCGCCAUGCCGUGUCGCCGAUUUCUCUGUUGCUGCUGCCGCUGGUCUUCAUGUCCAUCCACUUCCGUGUAUCCGAGGAGUACGUUCAGCUGCUGGAUGAGCAGCUGAAUUUCAUCUUCGGUCUGUGCGGCGUGGCGGAGUACACCGGCCGCGGGCGGCCGGGCCUCUUCGCCGAGAUGGUCACCAAGCGCCCCCUCAUGGUUUGCCCAUUCGAGCGUGAGCUGGCGCACGGCGUGAAGCUUUGCAUCUUCCGGUCCAUCCGUCAGGUCCUGCUAGACCUGAAGUUGAAUGUCCCACCUCUGGAGAUGGAUGCCACGCUGGCCACCCUGCGAGCGGCCAUCGAGCAGGCACUCAGCAUCGGUGCCAUCGGCCCCCCGCAGUACAUCAACUACACCGGGUCCGGGCAUUUGCUGUCCAUGUCCAGCAUCAGCGAGCUCCUGGCUGGGUCCCUGUCCCGGGCAGCCGCUCAGACCGGCGACUCCGGGGCCGGGGGCAACACGCAACCCCCGAGCUCCAUCGAGGCGGAGCUUCUUCAGUACCUCCCGUGCCGAGCGAGCCACACGACUGGCGGGGCUUUCGGUGCGGACGAGCACCAUGGCGGCCCCGGCGCCGAUGGUGGGUCCGGCAUGGGCCCGGCUGACUCGGGGCUCGGCCGGUCUGGCAGUAGUGGCAGCACCAACUCCACGGGUGGCUCCGGCAGUGGGACUCCAAAGGCCCCCGGGUCCGGCGGGCCCCCGUGUCUGGUCAAUGCGACGCUGCUGGGCAAUUCCAUGAACCUGCGCCACACGACGAUGUUCUCCUCGCCGGCCAUAUCUUCCCUCCGGGCGCCGACCGUGUCCGAGACAUCUCCCUAUCCGGACCUGGUCCGGCGACUGUACGCCGGGGGGUCGGGCGCCACGCGGCUUUUCUGGCUGGCGGGCCCCGGGGCUCCUGGCGGGUCUCAAGCGCACCUCCUGCUGCCGGUGGACCGGUCCCUGCCCGAGGCCGGGGACGGGCUGCUGGCUUUGCGCGAGCGGACUCUCUUUGCCCAGUGCCACAGCCGUCUGGCGUACGAGCAUGCUGGCAGGGCGCGCGCGCAGUCCACCGCAUCCACCAUGUUGCAGAUGUUCCUGGAGCACAGCUUCAUCGUGCGGUAUUGCGCUUUGGCGGUGCAGGACCCGCGUAUGGCCUCGGCUGCCGGGCUGGCGGAGAUUCUCGCCCGGCGGGAUGUCGGCGUGGACUUCAGCGCCGGGCGUCUGCUCAUCCUCUUUGAGCGCAUCGAGGCCGACGCCCAGGGCGUGGUGCAGUUCUUCAAUACCAUGUCCGACUUCUCCCUGUUGGAGCUUUACCUUGAUGUCUUCUGGGGGCUGUUCCAUGUGGACUUUGUGCGCUUCUCCCUGACCGAGACUCACCUGAGCCGGCGAUCGGCUCCCUUGUUGGGCAAGGCCUUCUCCGCCCUCAGUGAGGCGUCAGCCCUGAGCACGGUCGUUGCGCGGACCAAUGCCAAGCGUACCUUCGGCCGGCAUGUCGGCGGAGCCAGCGCCGGCACGGGCGGCGGCGGCAACAGCGGCGGCAGCGGCAACAGCAGCGCAGCCGGUGGAGGUGCAGCCGGCGGCCCGGCGGCAGCAGGGACCCGGCCCGGUUCCUCCACCAGUGCCAUGCCUGUGGCGGCCGGCCCGCCCAGCAGCUCCGGUUUGCCUCCCCCGCCGGGGUCGAUCUUGUCGACAUCCGUAUCGUCGACCUCCUCCGGGGCCUCCUCCUCGUCGGUUUCCUCCGGCUCUAGUGUGUCGGGUUCUUCGGGUGUGGGGGAUUCCCGGGACACGCUCGGGCCGCGCCCCGGUCGGCCCCUUUCCCAGCAUGAUGCCGAUCUCCUGGCAGCGGGUCCCGGCGUUGUGGGCGCCGGGCUCGAUGCCCCGGCUUCCGGGGCUCGACGCGACUAUCCGGCCUAUCCGACGGAGCUGUCGGCCAGCGACACGCUGCGGCUGCUGACCGAGGCCAGCUUCGCCAAGUCCUCCUUCUCGGCCCUGCGCAAUGACCGUGUGCACACCAUUGAUCGGCAUUCCUUCCGGCUGGCGCACCGCCUGCAUGCGGUCACCCAGCGCUGGCGUGAGUUGGGGUACAUGACGCGCGAUUGUCGGCUGAACUUGGUGGUUUUGCCGAGCGAUGCGCCUUCCUCCUCGCCGGGGAAUUCGUCUCCCCCCUCGCCGACGGGCGGCCUGCCGGAGCCGGCCUCGGGCACCCGGGCUGCUGGCAAACCCCCCGGCAAUGCCUCCGACCGGGAGGGUGUCCCGACCGGGCCCCCCUCCGAUGAGAGCCUCGAUUCCUGGCGCACGGUCUUCCAGGGAGUGGUGGUUGCUUGGAUGUUGCAAACCAGCACCGUCAUCGGCCAUUGGCUGAAUGCCUCGGUCGAUCGGGACACCUAUGCUCCGGUGCAGCUUCGUGCCCCGACGGUGGCCAUGCUCUCGACGCUGGCCAACAUGACGGGGGGAUUCUCGGCGGUUGUCGGGGCCCCGGCCCAGCAGCAGCAGCCGCCGCCGCCGCCGCCGCCGCCCGGCUCGAGUAGGCCCCAGUCACCCUUCCUGGGCUCGGCCCUGGCAUUGGCCGCGGCCACCGGCGAUGGGGUGAUCCGCCUCAAUUGCAGUUCGUCCAUGGUGGAUUUGCUCACCUCUUCGGUGUUCAUGAUGCGCGCCACUCGGUCGUUGGACUUCCUCCAGGCGCCGGUCACCGGGCCGACGGUGUCCGCCACCAUGUCGCCCUCCGACAGUGGCAUCCCCCUGUCGGCUUUCCGGGUGUUGCCCUUCGAUCCGGCCCGGUCGUCGGCCGAGCCGCUGGACCAUCGGCUCGGCCCUAUGCUGCUGGAAUCCGACUCGGCCCUGGCCUUUGCUCGGAGUCCGAGCGCCGGGGGCCUUCCGCGGGCAGUGGCCGACCUCCUGCGCGAGCAUGUCCUCAAGUUCGCCAGCGACUAUGUCCUGCGCAUCACCUAUCACGACUUGUCCUAUGUGACGGAGGAGUUCUCCAAGAAGUUGAUGAGCCUCUCGCGGCCGGAGUUCGACCUCCGCGGGACCCCCAUCGGGUAUCCCUACCUGCGUAGCGUGGCAGACUUGCUGCGCACGCGGGCCACCUCUUCGAUGACCGAGUCCCGGCUCUUCUUCGAGCUCUCCCAGUCCAUGUGCAUGCGCUUGAACAACUUGCAGGCCCUGUGCGAUGUCCAUGACCAGCUGUAUGCCGAGCUGGCUCCUGGCCUGUUGGCCACCGGGGCCACGGAUGUGGCCCUGCCAAGUCCCGGCCCUCCGGCGGCCCCCUCGGAGCCGGUGAUCACUUGUCGCCGGCGCUUCACCGCUCGGCCGGGCUUCCUGCAGGCGGUGCUCUCGGCCCAGUGUUCGACCUUCGUGCGGCAGUCGCUCUUUGAAUUGGAGUCCUCGGCCUUGGGCACCUCCGAGCCGGUCCCCAGCACCUGGCCCGGGUCUCCCUUCCGGGCCACGACCAGCCGAACCGCUUCCCUGCGACUGGGGUCCUGCGCGGCGUCGGCCUCCGGAAGUGGUGGCCCCUGUCGGACGGCCUUCUGCCAUCGGUUCCUGUUGGAGACUGCCUCCGGGCCGGGGCUCGCCGGGAACAUGGGGUCCUUCUGUUCGUGCGCAUCCCUGUCUCGCGGUGGCAACACCGGUGCCGGUCUCGGCGACGGCCUCGGCAGCCCGGCCGCCGGGCCUGCCGCCGGUGCGUCGUGUCUGCUUCAUGGCACCCUCUACUCGGCGCACCCUCGCGAAUCUCUCGGGCACAUGGCGCAGAUGUUCCAGCUGGCAGAUGAUCCCCGGCACCCGGCCUUCGGCCCGACGGCAUCCGGCGCCGGGGCCACGUCGCUGGCUGACCGCCAGCGCUUGACCGAAUUCUCGUCCGGCCUCCUGGCCUCGGCCACAUCGGCCGCCGCCACGCUGCCGACCGGUGCCCUGCGUGCCAUCUGGCUGGCCUUCUCCAUGCCGCAGGCGACCCUCUUCCGUCGGGCCGCAGGCGGCGACUCCCCGGUGGACGGCCUGCAGCAGGAGGUCGAGGGGGUCUCCCCGUCGGCCUUCUUCACCGUCAGCCCGGCCAUCACCCUAUCGGCGGUCUUCUCCCUGUGGCGUGAUGCCGGUCGCUUCAGGACCUUUGCCCUGGAGCGUGCCACCGUCCCGGCCGACCUGGGGUUCCUGGCCUCCGGGCCGGUGUACGACAGCAAGCAAAUUGUGUCGCGCUCGUUGUUGAUGCUGAUCAACCUCCUGUCGUCGAAGAUCAAUUUCUCCCUUUCAUCGAACAUUCUGAAGGUCCUGAACAAUGAUCCCACGGUCCUGCUCCGGUCGCUGAUUCCACCGGCCCCCGCCAAGGAUCCGUCGGAAAGCCCGGCUGGGUCCAAUCGCAAGCCACGCUCCUCUUCCGGCAGUGACUCCACCUUCUUGUGGUUCAAGUCGUCCAAGGGGUCGGGCAGCUCGGCCACCGGGCCCGGCUCCCCGGGGUCGCCCUCCACCAGCAAGACCGGAUCUUCUUCUUCUUCUUCGCCAUCCUCUUCCUCCUCCUCUUCCUCCCUUUUCACAUCUCUCUCCUCCUUGCUGCCUGGCAGCCUGGGCGAGAGCAAGCGCCCCAACAGCGUUCGGGUGGUCCCCUCGCAGGCGGACAUCCUGUAUGAGAUCACCAAGAUUUCGAGCUCCGCCCGCCGGGGCGAGCUCCUGGUCAGUGCCCUGGACGAGUCGCUCAGCAUCAUCGACCGCGGCCUGAGCGUGGUCCUCCGGCACCUGGGUCGGUCCAAGCUGCAGAUCAGCUUCCUCUACUGCCUCUGGGGGCACAUCAAUGGGGUCCUCUUCCGGAGUGUCAACUGCGAGAACACCAUCGGCCCGGCCUUCCUCGCGCGCGAAAUCCUAGACAUCUACUCCGCCUACUUGUUGGUGCGGAACGACGCCCGCAAGAGCCGCCUGUACCUGGAGAGCAUGUCCCGCUUCACGUCGAUCCAGUUGACGCUCUCCUCGCUGCCCACUUCGACCCUGGUCUCUCUGCACAAGUCCCUCUCCAUCAACACCCCCUUCCCGCGCGGUUCCGACACCCUUGUCGAGUAUCCGCCCCGGGAGUUCAACUUCACCCCGCAGGACAUCAUUCGCAUUCUACAGCGCCGGCGCGAGUCUUACGCUGAUACGGAUGCCACCUUCUACUUGACCGAGCUGAUGCCUUCGUAGCGCCCUCUGCUCCUCCCCCACUCCCUCGCCUGUCCUUCUCGGUGUCCCGAGAGCAUGGGCAACAAUAUAUCUCUUUGAUCUUUUGAGCCUGAGACACAUGCACACUUGCGUUGGGAUUCCCGCGCCCCUUGUCGGUGACGAUCCCCCCGCCGCCCGGCAGCCCCUCCGGCCACCUCCUGUGGGCUUGACCAUCCACUCACUGAGGGGCGGGCCCCUGCCACAUCUUUUGGCUGUGACCUUGGGGAGGUGUGCACUUUCGAGGAGGAGUUCGCCUUUGGCGUCCCCGACAGCAGCCCCAGGGAGCUUCGGCAUCUUUCCUCAUGGCGCUCGUGAGUGGUGCCGGCGUGCAUGAUCCUGGAAUGCGUUCUCCCGGCGGUGAGGGGAAUGCCCAUCGCCGAUCUAGAGCCCCCAGGCCAGAGGGAAUGCAUGCCCUCUUCCGAGCUGAGGAGGGCACAGCGCGUGGCCAGGACACGGAAAUAGGCCACCUCUCCCGAGGGGCGGUCCACUCUCGAUUUUGACCAUUUCAGCGGGCCCUGGCGGAUGUCGACCCGGGAGCCGGGUGAGCAUGGCACACUUGAGCCCCCACCAGGAAGGAGGCUGGAGGGACCUGGGGCUGGAGGGACCUGGGGCUGGAGGGACCUGGGGCUGGAGGGACCUGGGGCUGGAGGGACCUGGGGCUGGAGAGGCUGGGAAAGCAAAAGAAUGGCGAGGCAAAAGUGCCGGUCCAGCCGGAUCGGUGUCUUCCACGGACGGCAGGCCACUCAGCACCCUUUGAUGCCUUCCUGUGGGGCGCCUUCCCACCUGGCCAAAGAGGGUACGUGCAUCCCGGACGCUUGCCUCCUGCCGGACCGUCGAUGCAUCGAGGGGAGGAGGUGACCAGGUUGGGAGGAGAUGGCCUGCCUCGGGCACCGGGUUUGAAUGAGGGAAGCGCUUUCUCCUCGGCUCCACGGCCGGGACCCAAGCUGCAGUGGACUGGAGAUGAGGACAGCAGUCGCUGGCAUGAUGACGUGGGCUGAGGGUGAUCUGCUUCAUGCGAGAGUCCCGAAGAAGGGAGUGACCCGAUCGUCGGCCUGGUGGAACUUUCGUCCUCUCUGGCCCGAAGAAGCAAUGAGGAGGGGAAGGAGGAGGAGAGCGAAACGAGCUCUUCCAAAAAGGAAGGGCAAGAAGGGAGCGGCACUCCCGCGACACCCCGGUUGAAGGGGCGCCGAGAUCGCGGGGAGGGCAUGUCCGCUGGGCGGAAAGGCGCCCAAAAGAGGGGGCUUGGAGGAAGGCAAGUGG